AUGAAGGCGGUAUUGGCAACGUUGAGCGAGUUCCAGCUGAAAACACUCGAGGCGGAAAACAGUAUCGACAACGAAAACGACUGCCACGCCGAUGCGGAGUACACACCACUUUUCAACAGAAAAGAAAGAGGAUCGAAGAAGGAAAGAAUGAGCCAGAAAUCACCUCUUUCUGGAAGUGAGCCAUUCGUGCGCAAGGCUCGUCACCACGAAGAAGCACUCGCUCAGCUGAUGGCGCAGAUUGAACUCUCCGCUAACAGUUCUGAAAUCAAGAAGAAAUUCGAAAUCAUCAAUGUCGACCAGUGGCUCAAAGAAACUCGGUUACGAGAGUAG